AUAAAUGCCAACUUCCUGGUUGGAACACAAAGGAUACAGAAAUUCAACCCCUACGAAGGAUCGACAAAUAUUAUAUUAAGGAGAAUGAGUCCCGUUGCAACUCUACUGUUCUACAUCAUUUUAACAUUUUUGAGGCAGUCAUUACAACUAAGCUGCUCUUCAGAGCCAAGUUGUAGAUGUUAUUACGAAAGAGGGAUGCUGAGUGUGGAUUGCAGCUCGCUAAACCUGACUCACUCUCCAAAAUUCCAACAAAAUGUUAGAUGCAUAUAUCUUAACAACAAUAAUCUUACGGAAAUACCUACUGAUAUGCCGCAAUCGAUCGUGCGGCUAGAUAUAAGCGAUAAUAAUAUCCGAUAUCCAAAAAAGUCAAGUCUGUCAAAAUAUAAACAGCUAAGAUGGCUAAAUAUUGAAGAAAAUUGCUUAUGGAAAGGAUAUAAGGAAUGGCCGUCACGCUUUUUUGAGAACCUUAGAAAACUUGAUAGUCUGCUCAUGAAGGAUAAUUGUUCAGAAAUCCCUGAAAGUGAGAUCAAGGAGAUGAAAUACUCCAAUGAGAGCUUUUACGGACUUUCGUCAUUGAGGCAUAUCGAGGUAAAUGGAUUAGGUGGCCAUAACUUUGAGGACGCAUUUGAACAAAAUAAUUCGAUUGAAAUACUUGUACUUGCGCUACAUGGUGGUCUCUGUGUUCUGAAUAGCAUCGAGAAUGACACAUUCAAUGUAUUCCGAAAAUUAAAACAUUUACAAUUAUCUUCUUGUAAUAUCAAAUACAUAGAGAAGGGAGCCUUUGAGCAGUUGAUCGAUCUGGAAUUUCUGGAUAUUUCAACUAACCAAGACCUAACAUUAUCUGUGUUAUCCAAUAUUACUCAUGAUCUACAAUAUUCAAAGAUCAACACGCUUAUCGCAAAUUGGAUUUAAUGUGCGAACGGAGUUUCGCUGAUAUUAAGAUUAAAUCAUAUCAAAUAUCUUAGAAAUACUUCUCUAAAGGAGUUGUCUUUGAGAAGUAAUAGAAUAGGAAUAAUUGAACAUAUGCUUGUAAGUUUCCUUCCUAACACAUUAAAGUAUGUUAAUAUCAGUGACAACCCGCUGAUUUUUGGGGUUUAUAUAUAUGAAGGCGACUUUUUAUCGAACUUGGAAAGGUUAGACAUUGACCAUUCAAUCAAAAAG